CUGCAUAAUGUCGAUGUCAAACUCUUAGGCGACAUGCAAAUGAUUUACGCUAAGCUGGACAAGCGUGAGGCGGGAUUCGAGCGUUUCAAACUCGAGACGCGUGAAAAUCACAUUAUCCUAUGUUUCAAUGAUACUGGCGAAGAUUUUGGCCAGGUGCGCUCCAACGUUGGCAUGACGCUUUCAUCGCUAGUAGACAAGUCCUCCAAUGUCGACUUUGAACCCAUCGUGUCUAUAUCUUAUUUAAUGGACAUAAUAGGACGCGCCAACAGGCCAGCUGAAGCCAUUGUCAAAGUUGAUAUCAAUGUUUACGGGCCACAAUCAAUUGGAGUACCUGUUGGCAAUGAACUGUCAUCUGGAAAGCUGUGGCUGCAGAAGCCUACUCACGAGAGAGAUGGAAUAGUAUACGACAAUCCGCAUUUCUUAAAGCUCAAGACAAAUGGUACUCAGCUCCCACGGAAGCAGCCAAUGAAACAGGUCAUCAGCGAGGGGGCUUCCAACAGGAGAAAACGAGAAGAAAGAUUGCGAAAGAUGGUCGAAGACGUAUACAAAUCUAUUGAUCGUACCAGGCACCUUGAGGCAGUAGAUGGUGGAGACAGAGUCGUGCGAAAACUGUUGAAACAUCAGGAAGAGGCACUAGGUUUCAUGUUAGAAAGAGAAUCUGGUCAUAUCAAUGACAGGUAUAGGCUCUGGGAGACUAUUGAACUAGAAGGGGGGAAUAAAGAAUAUCGCCAUCGAAUUACUAGAGCAAAGAUCAGGACCGGUAUAAGACCAAACGAAAGAGGAGGCGGGAUUCUAGCUGAUGAGAUGGGUAUGGGCAAGUCCUUGUCCAUACUUGCGCUAAUAAUGAAGACUCUUGAUGACGGAAAAGAGUGGGCUCGACAGCAAGAAAACAGUCCCAAAGUCGAGGAGGCGAUUAGACGCUCGCGCUCAACACUUGUAAUUGUCCCGUCUGCCCUACUCAUAUAUAAUUGGAUAAAUGAGAUAAAAGAGCACUUGAAAGAUGGGGUCAAAGUAAUCAAGUACCACAGCUCCGAUAGACCGAAAAGUCUUGAUGAAAUCGCAGAUUCUGAUAUUGUAGUAACUACAUACAGCACUCUAACUGCUGAGUUUCAAAUCAAAUCAAGCCCGUCACUCCUUCAUUGUAUCGACUGGUACAGAAUCGUCCUCGAUGAAGCACAUAUUAUUCGCCGCCGAGCUACAGCCUUCUACCGUGCCUGUGACGAUAUUCACGCCAAUUCAAGAUGGUGUCUCACCGGAACACCCAUUCAAAACAAGCUCGCCGACAUUGGCACUCUUUUCGCCUUCAUUCGUGCUGAACCUUUUACCAAGGCAGCUACGUUUCGGAAGUACAUAGAAGUUCCUUUUGAUCAGAGCAGCGAAGAAAAUCCGACAUUAGCCAAAGACCGUCUCCUUAUACUCAUCGAGUCGCUCUGUCUACGUCGCACAAGGGAUAUCAUCCAACUGCCUCAAUUACGACAAAGGGUACGCAAACUGAGUUUCUCUGAAGCCGAGAGCAAACAAUACAAUAAUACAAAGGAGAUUCUACUGCGAAUGAUCCGCCAUCGUGUUGGUGAGGCCGAGCAGAGCUCCAAAUUCGGGAUCUUCCAGGUCAACUUGCAGAUGCGUCUUCUGUGCAACCACGGAACGUUUCAGCAGCCUUUCUCUUGGCAUCGGCGCAGUUACCGAGACGAACGCGAGGCAAUUGCCUCAGCUCUUGGUCAGAGUAGCGAGAUUACGUGUGCCGGCUGCCAAAUGCCAAUGCCAAUUAUCGGGUCCAGCGGGUUGGGCGAUGGCUUUUAUAAACAAUGCGCCCAUGUCCUAUGCUCUGAGUGCAUCGAGCAGUCGAAUACCUCGAGUGAUGGCGAACAAACUCAGCAUUGCCCCGUGUGCAUACGAUGGUUAAGACCUAUGGUGGAUAGUGACCAGAUGACAGACGAUGAUGAUAUGGCAAACUGCCCGUCCAACAAUAAGCUCGGAGAUGAUGAUGCUUACUAUUUUAACGACGAGGGGCAUUCUACGAAGAUGAACGCAUUAAUUGAAGAUGUCCAGCGUGACAUGUGGACAACGAAGAGUAUAAUAUUUUCAUGCUGGACUAGGACGCUGCAACUUCUUUCGAGAUAUCUCGACGCUGCCAAGAUUCCAUAUGUCCACAUUGAUGGCAGCUGCCCUCUUAAACAGCGACAGAUCAAACUCGAUACAUUUGCCAAAGACGAUGAGACACCAGUGCUCAUCAUGACAACCGGAACUGGCGGGUUUGGGCUAAACAUAACAUGUGCUAAUCGCAUCUUCAUUGUUGAGUUGCAGUGGAACCCCGCUGUAGAGAGCCAGGCCAUCGCGCGCGCAAUACGACUUGGACAGAAAAACAAGGUAUACGUGACGCGCUAUAUAAUCAAGGACACAGUUGAAGAAGAAAUGCAGUCCCAGCAGCUGUCUAAAAAGCAGCUCGCUAACUUAGGAUUUGAUGAGGAUUUGGAUGCAGGAGAUGGAGGAGGUUGGUUUGAGUAG